ACACAGUGCACCGCACUGUCUCUCUCAGUCGCAAACAAAAACAUGCAAGCUCCGUUAGUAUACGCUCUUACGUACAUUUCUACAAUUGUACUUUUGCUUUGCUGGAGAUUGUCCCAUUUCUUAACUGCAAAGGCGCGUGAGCGUAUUUUUUCCACCUUCUCGAAGUGGGUGGUGUACACGCUCUUGUUUUCGAGACCCAAUGGAAGCUCCGACGUUACCGUGUUAUCCGCGAUACUCAUUAUUUUCCUUUUAUCAGGUAAUGUCAUUGCAUCUGUUCUUGCUGUUCAGGACCAGGACGAAUUUUCUUUUCGUUUGGCACGAUUGAGCUUGAUCAAUAUGGUAUUUCUCUAUCUAGGCGGGAGGACAAACAUACUAGUCGACAAAAUUUUCCGUUUCUCACACACUGAUUAUUGUUUACUACAUCGGUGGUUAGGCCGCAUUGCCGCGGCAGAGGGAAUCAUUCAUGGAACCCUAGAGUUCAUGCACUCUCAAUCGACACCGUCAGCCCUGAAUCUUUCUCUCCUUGCCCUCUCAAGCUUGAUAGCGCUGCUAUCUGUGGUUUUCAUCCGGCGCAUGAUGUACGAGCUAUUCCUCCAAACACACCUUCUAUUUUCCAUCGCCAUGUUAAUACUCGUAUGGCUGCACAUCAGCCGACUCGACGCAUACUUGCUGUCAUGUCUUACAGUAGCUGCUAGCAUGUUACUCGUGCAGAAAACACUAUGGGUUAUAUGUACCGUGCGGAGAAACUAUGGUUCGGGUCCCUUGUCACGGAUAUCAGUCAUCCGCUACCCAGGACCUGGCCUUCAGAAGCCGGUGAUCCAGGUCCGGCUUGAUAUCAAAAAGUCUUGGACAGUAAAACCGGGACAGUAUGUCUAUCUGACCCUUCCAGGGCUCCGCAGCUUAGGAUUAGGACUAUUUGAGUCUCAUCCAUUCAUGAUUGCUUGGGCGGUCGAAGACGAGCAAGCAAGAUUGAGAACAAUCGUGCUGUUGGUGCAAGUGCGUAGCGGAUUCACGCAAAAACUGCAAUUCGCAAAUCCUCUAAGCAGAGUAAUCAUCGAUGGACCUUACGGAGGUAAUGAGGCGCAUGCAAUGGCCAAGUAUGACAAGGUCCUUCUCAUGUCAAGUGGGAUUGGAAUUGCUUCACAUCUGGAUACCGCGCGACAUCUACUACUGGCGCACGAUAGACAAACAGCACGAGUUAGGAGAUUAACCAUACUUUGGCUGCUGGAGACCCGGGAUGAUCUUCAAUGGGCGAAAGAAUUUCUCUGCGAAUUACAUGAUAUGGACCGGCGGGAAAUUCUUCUCAUAUAUCUCUAUUAUCCCAACGAGGCGGAAGGGUCUUCGGAAGGGCCAAUACCGCGUCUCGAGGUUCCCAGGAGGAGAAUGACGUCUACUUCAGGUGAAGUUGAUCUAUUGUGGUUACUCAAAGAGGAAUGGAGGGCUGAAGCUGGUAAUAUGCUGGUAUCAGCUUGCGGGACUCCCCGGUUUGAGCUCCGCGCAAGGCAAGCUGUGAGGCGUAGCCUUUACGACAUCGACUUUCGCGCUAGUAAUUUCCAACCUCACGAAACACGUUGUGGCGGGGCUGUUAAGCGCUGAUGCUUGAGAGUGUGUGUAUUUUUAAUUUAAGUCGUAAAUAGAAUUAAU